UAUUAAAUUUUAGGGAAACACUUAUUUAUUUGGCAUAUAUAUUUAUAUUUGCAAAAAAAUUAUUAUUUAUUAUGUGGAAAACCUGCACUAUAGCUUCUUGCAUUUGUACAUACAACGUAUGAUUUUUUUGUAUAGUUAUCCAACCUAUGGGAAGGAUGACUGGGUUACAUCAACAUAUACUACACCUACUUUAGGUGUACCAAAUGCUGUUACAGCAAGUACAUAUCCCCAAAUGCUUGGUUUAAGUGAACAAGUACAAGCCCUGAUGCCAUCACCUACUUCUGUAUCUACAUUGUUGCAUCCACAAAGGCAUACACCAUCCGUACAUAAUACAUCUCAUACAAAAUACCCACCACCAUUAAUACCAGUUAAUGGUAGUAAUAACAGUACCAGGGAUUCAAGAGGUAGAAAACCACUAAUUCCAAUAUCAGAGUCACAUGUAUCAACCUGUCAAGUUCAACCUUAUCAAAUUCAAAAAGCACUUGUAGAAGACAAAAUGGUACCUUGUAUUAAUUUCAAACCAUAUAUAUAUUCUGAAUUAUUGAUGACACUUAAUGACUUCGUCGCUCAGUAUUUUCCUGCUUGUGACAUUAAUAGUUGCCGGCAAGUCCUUACAGAUGUUUUGCAUAUAGAUUUAUAUCAAGGAAAUAGACUACAAAUGAAGAUGUUAAUGGAAGCAGGAAAAUGUUCAUCUUUAAAUGAAGAAUUACCACUAAUACAAGUAAAAAAUAUAAUGAAAUAUAUGCCCCAAUUGAAAUAUAUGUUUAAUAGAGGUGGUGAAAUGGUGAUGCCUGCACCUGCACAUUCCUCCGAAGAACAUCCUGCCAAAAAGCGUCAACGCACCAGCUAGGACUGGCUACAGCCUUACUGGCCUACUUAUGAUUAUUAUCAUUCGGCAUUUUGAAAAAGCCGAUUAUUUUGACUCAUAUGUAAUAACUCAGCAUUAUUAAAUGCUUGAGAAAAUUGGAUUAAUCUGUGUCAUCACAUUUGACAUUAUGUGUCAGAAAAAAUGCACAUAAUCGAAGAUUACCUUUUAUUAUAAGGAAUCUGUGACAUACUGUGAGCUAUUUCUUUCUCCAAAGUGUAUCUAUUGACAAGAAUAAAACUGAGAUGCUUGUAAAUAAAACUGAGAUGUAUAAAACUAGUGCACAGUUGGCAAUUUAGAUAUGCUUUUAUAUAUUAAGAUUAUUAACAUUUUUCUUUAAGAUUUCGUUUAUAACUAGAAGUUGUUGAACGAAAAGUAAGCAAAAACCAUAAAUACUGUAAUUAUCAAAAUCAUUCCUCUCUUUUUUUCUUCAUUUUACUUUUCUACCUCUGCUACAGAGUAUACUACUGUCUUAUGUAUACUAUUUCUUUAUAAAUAAAAUGGGUUUUAAUCUUAAUGUGAUUCGGAGAAAGAAAGUGCCGCUGUGCGAUAAUUCAUUAACAAAACCGAAAUGCUGCUAUGGGUUGUUUAAAACUUACCUAUAGAACAUGAUAAACGGAUAUCAAAAUUUGGCAUUUGUAUUAUAUUUAAAGAGACGAAGGUAAUGCUUCUUCAAGUUCCUAGCUAUUACUAAUAUGUAUCCUGAUAAUUGCUGAAAAAUAAUUUAAAACUGUUACUAAUUCACAACAAUGGUUUAAUAUAAAUUGUGACGUAAGUUUAGCAAAACUUACUAAUGUAAAAAUAUUCUAAGUUUUGAAUGUUGAAAUUUCUAUUUUCUAAAGUUCACUUGUCAAAAACACCGUAAACAGUGAUGCAAGAUUGAGAUAUUAUCAGUGUGUAAAUAUCUAAGUCAAUAAAAGAACUGCAAUUUAGAAUAUUAUUAAAAAUAUGACACGUAUUAACAGUCAAUGAAAUACGUAAUACCAGUGUUUAUGAAGGCUUUAUAAUUGUUUCAAAUGUGAGUACAAUCAUUCAAAAAGUGUAAUUGAUUUUAUUUUAUUUUUAAUAAAACCAACAUUAUUAUUAGUAAAGUAUUGUUAAUUAUAUAGAAGAUUAUGUAAAAAAAAAUAUAAAUUUAAAUUAAACUAUAAAAAGAAAUUGUCUUAUUUCUUUAUACAAGCAGUUUUCAUAUUUAUUAUUUGUUAAAAUAUAUUUCAUAAAUAUAAAAUGUAACAUAAUUUAAUUUAUAUAAAAAAAAGUGAUAUCAGCUUGCAAGUACUUAAAAAAAUGAAAAAAAAAAAAAGAAAAAAAAAAUAGUUGGCAAAAUUGACAAAGCACCUGAGAUAGUCUUCCGUUUUAAUCAUAAUACAUAUGAAAGAAAAUAAUUUAUGUUUAUUUGUAAAUGAUUUCUUAUUUGUUUAAAUGAAUGAAAA